GUCUACUCAAAAAGAUGUACAAUAAGGAGGCCUUUAAUGUAACUAUGGGGGAAAUAAGAUUCGUCAACCUUUGAUAUUAGCAUGAUCAAGGUUGCUGCAGAUCAUUCGGUAGAGGUUUGAAGAUGAAGCCCCCAUCCUCUGACACGUUCCGAUGACCAGCCCAUUCCCUGAAGAAGGGAGUCAUCCAAUCGACACUGCCAUUUUGUUGUGCACGACUUGUGGAGGGCCUCAAAUAAGGCCUCAAGAUUCCUCAACCUCCUUCAGCUUUCUUGGUCGGCAAUGUUGGCGAGAUCGAUCCCGAGUUUCCUCUGGGCUCCUUUGAACGUCUCGCGGACUUAUAUGGACCUAUCUACCGACUAGACAUUGUGGGAAGGAAGCAAAUUUUCAUUAGCAGCCAGGAAUUGGUGGACGAGGUGUGCGACGAAAAGAACUUCGACAAAGGUGUUCAAGGGGCAUUGGUUGAACUCAGGAAUUUACUUGGGGACGGGCUAUUCACAGCCUAUAACGAUGAGCCUAAUUGGGCGCUCGCGCACCAGAUUUUGAUGCCAGCUUUCAGCCCGGCUAAGCUUAGAUCGCUUUUUCCAAACAUGCACGACAUUGCCUCCCAGCUGAUUUUAAAGUGGGAAAGAUUCGGAGAGGAUUAUAGGAUCAAUGCUGCUCACGAUUUCACCAGAUUGACGCUCGACACCUUAGCUCUAUGUUCGUUCGAUUAUCGGUUCAACUCUUUUUAUACCGAAGAAAUGCACCCCUUUGUUGAAGCCAUGGUAAACGUUCUCCUCGAAGCCGGCCAUCGUUCGCAGCGUGUCCCUAUCCAGCAAAGCCUUAUGUUUCGUACCACGCGUAAGUUUCACCAAGAUAUCGCGUAUAUUCACGAACUUUGCGAUCAGAUUGUAAAGACAAGACGAGAGCAACCCACCGAUGCUAAGGAUUUGCUAAACAUGAUGCUGAACGGUCGGGACAAGGCAACAGGCCAACAGUUGUCCAAAGAAAACAUUCGUUUUCAGAUGGUUACAUUUUUAGUUGCCGGGCACGAAACUACGUCCGGUUUGCUCUCGUUCGCAUUUUAUUACCUACUUAGCAAUCCCUACGCGCUACAAAAGGCGCAAUCUGAAGUGGACCAGGUAACGGGCGGCGAGCCCGUUACGCUUGACCAUAUUUUCAAACUCCCGUACAUCGACGCAGUGCUGAAAGAAACCCUGCGCUUGCAACCAACCGCGCCUUUCUUCACACGCAAGGUCAAAGCGACAGAAGGCCGGACAAAUUACAUCUUCAAGAACGGCGAGUACGAAGUAGGCGCACAUGAUGUUAUUAGCGUUAUUAUAGGAAAACUCCAUAGAGAUUCCAAAGUGUGGGGAGAAGAUGCUGAGGAAUUCCGGCCUGAACGCAUGCUCGAGGGAAAGUUCGAAGCACUCCCGCCUAAUUCGUGGAAGCCUUUUGGCAGUGGUCUUAGGGCCUGCAUCGGACGUUCGUUCGCUUGGCAGGAGAGCUUGCUGACCGUCGCCAUGAUUUUGCAGAAGUUUGAUAUGGAAAAGGCCGACCCAGCUUACGAUUUGAGGAUCAGGCAGACGUUGACAAUCAAACCUAACGAUUUUUACAUGAAGGCGAGAGUGAGGAAGAAUGUACGGGCGCCAAGGGCUUUAUCGGUUGAUAUCGUCGGGCACAAGGCGGCUAAAGAGGCGGAGGUCUUGUUGAAGGAAACCAUCACAGGAUCUCAGGAUAAAGGCGGAGAACGGAAGUUAACCAUUUUAUUUGGAUCUAAUGCUGGUUCUUGUGAAUCUUUUGCCGAUCGGCUGGCCUCUGACGCUUCAAACUAUGGCUUUUCCGCCACUACGGCCACACUGGACUCUGCAACUGAGGCUCUCCUAUCUACAAAUCCAGUGGCAAUCAUCUGCUCAUCUUACGAAGGCCAACCCCCUGAUAAUGCCCGCCAGUUUGUGGCUUGGCUCACUGGUCCGUCAGUCUCAGAUACGCUAAAGGGGGUUAAGUACGCGGUUUUUGGAUGUGGACACACAGGUUGGGCUCAAACAUACCAACGAAUCCCCAUAUUGAUCGACGAGACGUUACAUGAAAAAGGGGCCGAGAGACUACUAUAUCGAGGCUGUGCUGACGCUGCUGGAGAUUUUUUUGGCGAAUUCGAUGAAUGGGAAAACAAAUUUUGGUGUAUGAUGCAAGACAAGUUCGGGGCGGGUUCUAAGUCUACUCAGGGAACUUCUACAGCCGAUGAUGUUGACGCGGGCAGUGCGGCCAACGUAACGUCCACGUUCCAAGUGCAAGUGUUGAGCAGCAACAGAGCUACGGUCUUGAGUCACCAGAAAUUUGAAUACGGUGCUGUAGUUGACAAUCGAGAGUUGACCUCGAACGUCUUGAAAUGCGGCGGGAUGCCCAAAAGGCAUUUAGAAAUCAAACUCCCCGAGGGUAUGACUUAUCGUGCUGGCGACUACUUGGGGGUAAUGCCUGUUAAUCCGAUCCACGACGUUAAACGAGUUUUGUAUCGCUUUAAACUCCCAGUUGAUGCCAACAUCAUGAUAAAGACCGAAAAGAGGACUUUUUUGCCCACCAAUCUGCCUAUUCCGGUUCAUACCGUUUUAGGCGGCUACGUCGAGCUAAAUCAGCCGGCAACCCGCCGCCAGUUGGACACUCUUCGUCUCCUUGCACCUGCGGAGCUUCAAUCUGCCUUUAGUCGCUUCAACGAUGCAGACUACAAUACCGAGAUCCUUAACAAACGCGUGUCGGUUUUGGAUCUACUGGAACUGUACCCUGCUCAUCCAUUGGAAUUCGGCCAGUUCCUCUCCAUGUUACCACCCAUGCGAAUGCGCCAAUACUCAAUCUCCUCUUCGCCACUCUGGAACCCUUCUCAUGUGACCUUAACAAUUGACGUUCUGAAAUCACCCGCGAUUUCGGGGCACGAAACAAAGCUCGGGGUGGCCUCUACCUAUCUCUCUCGUACCAGUCCGGGAGAGAUGGUUGCCUGCUUCGUGCGUCCUUCCGCCGCAGAAUUUCACUUGCCCCUAGACCCCACCGUCCCUAUUAUCAUGGUCGCGACGGGGAGUGGGAUCAGCCCAAUGAGGGGUUUCAUUCAGGAACGUGCGGCCAUGGUCGCCUGUGGUCGAGAGGUAGGAAAAGCUUUACUCUAUUUUGGCUGCCGUAAUGCAGAGGAGGAUUUCAUAUACAGAGACGAACUUCAACGGUGGACAGCACUAGGCGCCGUGCAAGUCCGCCCCUGUUUCUCACGUGGAAGCGGUGUUCCCACACCACCAGCAUCACCUUCUUCAUACCCCGAUCGUCCUACACAGCAUAAAUACGUCUACGAAGCCAUGUAUGCUGACCGUGAGGAGCUAAAGGAGAUGUUUAUUGACGGUGCGAGGUUCUACGUAUGUGGUAGUGCGAGCAAGUUAGCCAAGAGCGUAAGGGAGACCUUUAUCAGGAUCUAUAGGGAGAUGAAAGGGGUUGGCGAGGAAGAGGCGCAGAAGUGGUUUGAAGAAUUGAAAGGGGUCAGAUAUGCGACGGAUGUGUUCGGCUGAUUGAGAUGCUAGGUUCAGUCUUGCGGACGCGCGAUAUCGCGACUAUAUGUGGACAUGGUUUCGUUAUAUGGUGCUUUUUUCUUUUUGAUAUCUUCUGUCAAUGUAUUGCUUUACAUCAUGAGAGGCGACAGUCAUUAAGAGAUAUGUUAUGAGGUUGCGCUGUGCAAAGGUUAUGUCAAAGAAGCAGUGGGGAUGAGCUGGAACUUUGAUUAUAAGGCGAGCUCCAAGUGUAGCCAGGUUGCUUUAGCUUACUUAGAUAAAGGAAUUUCGGAAAUAUCGAGGUUUCCGUAGCACAGCAUUAGGAUACUUUAGCCUAGUAGUAAGGGAAUUUAAGAAACGCUCUUGGGAGGCUUCGCACAUGCUGCCCAAAGUCACCUUGCAUCG